AUGCUUUACUUGAGCUGGGUAUUUCUUUGGCUUAUCGCAGGAGGGAAAAUUAAAGGAUUUAACACUUCAGAUUGCUCCACUGGAAAGCUUCUUAGGACAUACUCUGCAAGGUGUGGGGAGGAGUUUGUCUUAUUUUGUGAUUUUCCAGAGCCACAGAAAUCCCAUUUCUACCACAGAAGUCAACUCUCACCAACGCAAAGCUCUGAACACCUGCCCUGCAGUGGUAGUAAGAACCUAUCUGAUGUCCAAUGGUACCUACAACCUCCAAACAGAGAUCCACUAGUAGAAAUUACACAAAACUAUCCUCACGUGAUCCAGGACAAGAGCACCCUUCAUUUCUUGACCACAGAGAUGAAUCAUGCUGGGUCAUACAUCUGUAGACCUAGGAUUAGGAGCCCCAAGGAUGAGGCCUGUUGUGUCAAGAUGAUCUUAGAAGUUAAACCCAAGACAAAUAUGUCCUGUGGGAGCUCCAUACCACAUGAACAACUCCUUCUUCUUGGUAGCAUGGACUCCAUUUAUUGCCCCGGUCUCAGCCACCAAAGUGAUACACAAAGUCCAGAGGUGACCUGGUACCAGAAUGGAAAACUACUCUCUGAAAAAAGGAGCAACCCAAUUAAAGUGGAUGACGUUUACGACCAUCACCAGGGCACAUACGUGUGUGAUCACACUCAAUCAGAUAAUUCAAGUUCAUGGACAGUUAGAGCUGUUGUUCGAGUGAAAACCAUCGUGAAGAACACGAAUCUCAAACCAGAUAUUCUGGAUCCCAUCAAGGACACCCUGGAAGUGGAACUUGGAAAGCCUUUAGCUCUUAACUGCACGGCCCGAUUUGGCUUCGAAAUAAACUUUAAGCCUGUGAUACGAUGGUACGUCAAAGAUUCUGACCAGGAGUGGGAAGUCCCAACACCUGAGGGGAGAAGUGUUAAAUCCACCUUAAAGAAUGAAGUCAUCGAGCGUGUUGUCUUCCUGAAAGAAGUUACUCAGAGCGAUCUUCGCAGGAAGUUCAUUUGCUUUGCCCAGAACUCCAUUGGGAACACUACCCAGUCCAUCCAACUGAAAGAAAAGAAAGGAGUGGUGUUCCUCUACAUCCUCCUUGGCACCGUCAUGGCCCUGGCAGGUGUGCUGACCGCAGGUGCGCUCUUCUACAUGUACUGGAUUGAAAUAGUGCUGCUGUACCGAACCUACCAAAACAAGGAUGAGACCCUCGGGGAUAAAAAGGAGUUCGAUGCUUUCAUAUCCUAUGGGAAAUGGAGCUCUCUUGAGAGUGAGGCCACUUCGUCUCUGAGUGAGGAAACCUUGGUUCUGAGUCUAUUCCCUGAAGUUUUGGAAAACAAAUAUGGAUACACCUUGUGUUUGCUUGAAAGAGACGUGGCCCCAGGAGGAGCGUAUGCAGAAGACAUUGUGAGCAUUAUUAAGAAAAGUAGAAGAGGAAUAUUUAUCUUGAGUCCCAGCUACGUCAGCGGACCCAGUGUCUUUGAACUACAAGCAGCAGUGAACAUUGCCUUGGAGGAUCAAACACUGAAACUGAUUUUAAUUAAGUUCUCUUCCUUCCAAGAGCCGGAGUCUCUACCUCAUCUAGUGAAAAAAGCUCUCAGGGUUUUGCCCACUGUCACCUGGAGAGGCUUCAAAUCAGUUCCUCCCAAUUCCAGAUUCUGGACCCAAAUACGCUACCACAUGCCUGUGAAAAGCUCUAAAGGAUUCACGUGGAAUCAUCUCAGAAUUAGCCCAAGGAUUUUUUCUCUAGAAAAGACUCAGUAAAACAGAAACCGCUGGGAGGCGCUCCCAGCCUAAAGGACGGUGAAAUGGGCCCUGAGCUGCCUCCUCCUACACCCCUCCCGUCCUGUCCCUGGUGAGUAGAGAGAGACCCUGAUGGACAGAGCACACAGCGUGGAUCAGGCUGAUAUAGAAUGGGAAGCGUUCUGCCAGCCCUGAGCGAGUGUGGCGGGCACUGGAAUGACACGAAAACUAUUGUGGGAGCCUCAGAUUUCCUGGGCUAGACAGAGGGAGAGCGAAUUCAGCCCACACGGCCCCUAAGAUUUUCCUAGUGGUCUCAGCGGAAUCAGCAGAUACAGCCACUUGGCUUUGUGGCUAUGGACUUGUCAUGUCUUCUGUGUAUUGUUCACAUCACUUCAUAGAU